GGGCCACAAUGGGCAGACAUCUCAGUGCAGCAACGGCUACCCGUGAGUGAGGAACAGCUCCGGCAGCGAGAACAAGUAGCAAGAAGUAGCGAGAACAAGUAGCAAGAAGUAGCGAGAAGUAGCAGGAAGUAGCGAGAAGUAGCAGGAAGUAGCGAGAAAAAGUAGCAGGAAGUAUAUGGACAUAUACUUGUCAAGCUCACCACAUACAAAAUCCUUCAACACUUACAUGAAACAAUCAAAGCCCCGCAACACCAACCAGCUCAGAGCCAUAUCUAUGUAACACAACAACUCCGGUGUUGAGCUUCUGCCUUGUGUUGCAAGUCUUAGUGAAGGGAAAAGUGUUUCAACCUCUCUAGCCAGGCAGAAUGAGGAGAGAGUCGCGCCUGUCGCUGAUGCCCUGAGGAACGACCCGACCCGAGGAACGACUUGACCCAAGGAACGACCCGACCCGAGGAACGACUUGACCCAAGGAUCGACCUGACCCAAGGAACGACCUGACCCGAGGAAGUCGUUAAGAUUCUGGAGCAAGGACAAGGAGCGGUCAGGGACUGAAUUAAUACGACAGAAACACGGCCGUCAGCGGAGGCAAUGAUUGGUGUACUAGCGUGGUUGGUGUGGAGUUGGGCGGGUGUCGCCAGGUGUGACCCAGAGCCCGGGCACUUGUACACAUCGCUGGCUCUCAUGGACGACCUCUUCGCCUUCGACAAGCUGGUGGGCGACCUCUUGCCGCUCUUGCCCGAGCAUAUUCCCGAGGCUUCAAGGUACCUGGAGUCGUACUGGAGUGUGGCAGCGGACCGGGACAAGGUCGGAGGUCAGGUGACGUCUGUGGCCUUGACUGGUAAUCCUCUCCAUGUCUACUCUGUCAUCAAGCGUCUCUCUCUCUACUGGCCAGCCCUCAACAACACUCUCCAAGCUUACCACACCCAAGGAGGGGCGUGUGAGGACAGGAACUCUGAGUGCCACAACUGGGCCAGGCGAGGUCACUGUCUCCAUACUCGACCCUACAUGAUCCUCAACUGUCGCGUCUCCUGUGGCACCUGUCCUUCACCUGAACUCGGGCGGGUGGUGACGGAGGCGCUGCAGGCGGGGGCCAACACCGUGCUGCCCACGCUGGACGACCUCAAGGGCGCGGCCUUCGCCCUGGCGCGUCUUCAGAGCGUCUACCACAUCCCCAUCGGCCACUUCAUGCAGGGGCGCCUGGGCGACACCUUCUCCAGUGUCAGGCUGACGGUGGAGGACUGCGUGAGAGUGGGGAACGCCACACGUCAGCAGGAACGCUUUUCAGACGCGUGGACCUGGUUCACCUACUGCCUGGCGUCCGCUGGCCCCCACCACCCCAGCAUGCACGCACACAUCACAGCCUUGCUGGACGAGGUGACCCGCCAGCAUGAUGCAGAGUGGAAGGAGAACCACGAGAGGUUCUUCCCGCUCCCCCUGGCCCUCUCGCCCCACCAGGUGCCCUGGGACACCACCUACGGCCGGGUGUGUCGUGGCCAGCGUCCCCAGGCUGAGGACGGCCGCCUUCAGUGUCACGUCUCCAGCCGUGGGGCGCCCUACCUCCUCCUGCAGCCUGUCCGCUACCAGCAGGUCCACCACCACCCGGAUAUCUUCCUCUUCUACGAGGUCCUCAGUGACCAUGAAAUCGCCGUCAUCAAAGAACGUGCAUCAACCUUGCUGACCAGAUCGACAGUGUCGAGCAGGACUAGUCCCUACUCUGAGGAGCGGGUGUCCCACACAGCCUGGCUCCCCAACCACACCCAUCCCGCGCUGCUCAAUGUGGCUCGAAGGAUCUCCUACAUCACUGGUCUUCAUGUGCACGAAGGCGCAGCUGAGGAAAGUGCCGGAGAACAUUUACAAGUUGUGAACUACGGCAUCGGCGGCCAUUACAACAUGCAUCAGGAUACUUUAUUCAAACACUUUCCUGAAGGUCGCUGGAACGAGUCUAUGUCAUACACAUUGGAGAGUCCGCCCGGAGACCGCGUGGCCACCUGGGUCUUCUACUUGACGACUGUGGAGUCAGGUGGGAGGACAGGGUUCGAGAGGCUCGGGGCGUCGGUUCCCGCCAUCAAGGGCGCCGCCGCCUUCUGGUACAACCUGAAGAAGAACGGUGAUGGCGACCCUCUCACCACCCACGGCGGCUGUCCCGUCAUCCUCGGACACAAGUGGAUUGCUAACAAGUGGAUUCGGGAACACGCCAACUUCCUCCGUCGACCGUGUAGUGAGGACCCUGAGGAAUGAGGCAGAGACCGAGCAGUGAGGACCCUGAGGAAUGAGGCAGAGACCGAGCAGUGAGGACCCUGAGGAAUGAGGCAGAGACCAAGGAGUGAGGACCCUGAGGAAUGAGGCAGAGACCAAGGAGUGAGGACCCUGAGGAAUGAGGCAGAGACCAAGCAGUGAGGACCCUGAGGAAUGAGGCAGAGACCAAGCAGUGAGGACCCUGAGGAAUGAGGCAGAGACCGAGCAGUGAGGACCCUGAGGAAUGAGGCAGAGACCGAGAAGUGAGGACCCUGAGGAAUGAGGCACAUUAACCCUGUCCUAAAGGAUCGAGAGGUAAUAAAAACAGAAGACCCACUCUGAGAAUAAUUUAGUCAGAAGUGUAUGUCUAUUUAGUCAUAGUAAUAUUUUAUGAGGUCAUGUAAUAAUGAGAGCAUGAGUCAAUCACAUAUUGACUGUACCUUCAAGGAAUAUAUACGACAUACUCCUGAGUUAGUGUAUAUAAUGUGUUCCAUCUUGCCCAUGACAAAAUGAGUGAGCUAACUUAUCAAAAUAUAAUCCAAGUUGACCGUACAAUAUUGCCACUGUAGUCUGUAGGGAGAGGAAAGGGUGGGCAGACUCCUCUCCCUGUGAUAGCAGCCACAUAGCAAGGAAUGACGAUUUCAAUGCUACCUCAGCAUACUGUAUACAUUCACUCCAAAAAAGAAAUCUACCACUUACGGGUUAUUCAUGCCCAUGCCACCUCUUGGGUGGCUUAAUCUUCAUCAAUCAUACUGUCUCCUCACUUGAGAGUGAACCAUGUAGGUUCGAAACAUUGUGUAAAUUAUAUUUAGUAUAAUACAUUCUACAGUUAC